AUGUCGGCCAAUGAAACACUUCAGCUUAAUGACCCCUCAAUUCUACACGAGGCCUCUCUAUUAAACGGUAACUGGGCUCAAGCCAUCUCAGGAAAGCGAUUCGAUGUCGAGGACCCAGGAUCUAACAAAGUCUUCGCAUCUUGCCCCACGAACCAAGAAGAGGAUGUAGACCGAUAUGUCGUCUCUUCCCAGAAGGCCUUCGAAGACUAUCGUCAUGUCAACCCACGCGUUCGCGCCAAGAUAUUGCUCAAGUGGCACGAAUUAAUCACCAACGCCAGAGAAGAUAUCGCAAAGAUUAUGGUUUAUGAGACUGGCAAGCCUAUGACCGAGGCUCUUGGCGAAGUCGACUACGCUCUGGGAUUUGCUUGGUGGUUCGCCGGCGAGGCCGAGCGCAUUCGAGGCUCUAUUUCCCAGCCAUCCGUAUCAGAUCGCCGUACAUUUGUCAUUAAGCAGCCAAUUGGUGUCAGUGUUGCUUUGGUACCUUGGAACUUCCCGGUCGCUAUGGUUAUUCGCAAGGUUGCUGCGGCUUUGGCUGCAGGAUGCUCCAUGAUCGUCAAGCCUUCUCCAGAAACUCCUCUUAGCGUCAAUGCGUUAGCAGAUCUUGCUAUUCGCGCAGGACUACCGGCUGGUGUUCUCAAUGUUAUUUCUACCGAUAAUGAGAAUACUCCUUCGGUUAGUGAGAGACUCUGCAAGCAUCCACUUGUCCGAAAGGUCACUUUCACUGGGAGCACAAGGGUAGGAAGUAUUGUGGCCAAACAUUGCAGCCAAGGACUGAAGAAGGUUACAAUGGAACUGGGGGGUAACUGCCCGUUCAUUGUCUUCGAUGACGGCGAUCUUGACGAAUCGGUUGCUGCAUUGAUGGUUCUCAAGUGGCGUACUGCUGGCCAGGCAUGCACUCACGCCAACCGUGUGUAUGUUCAAAGCGGCGUUUAUGAGAAAUUUGCACACAUGAUGCUUGAGGCAACACAGAGUAAAAUCCACGUUGGUCAUGGCACCGAUAGAUCCACUACAAUGGGGCCUUUAACUACCAGCAGGGGAGUUGAGAAGCUUGAGCGACAUGUUGCGGACGCUGUUGAGAAAGGCGCCACAGUUUUGUGUGGAGGAAAGCGACCGGCAAACUUGAGCAACGGUUACUUCUUCGAACCCACAAUUAUCUCGGGGAUGACUAGUGACAUGUUGACGACCAAGGAGGAGAUUUUUGGCCCUCUCUUGGGGUUGUAUAAGUUUAACAGUGAAGAAGAAGUGGUCAAGAUGGCAAAUGACACAUCCAUGGGGUUGGCUUCAUACUUCUUCACGAGGGACGUUGAUCGCACUUGGAGAAUGCUUGAAUCCCUUGAGGCUGGCAUGAUCGGCAUGAACACAGGCAACUCAUCAUGUGCCGAAUCGCCAUUUGGUGGCAUCAAAGAGUCUGGCUAUGGAAAGGAGGCUGGAAAGGAUGUUGCAAUUGAAGAGUACCUGGUCUCAAAGACUGGCACUCUUACCAUUCAUUAA